CGGUGAAAAGCACAGGUGAGCAGGCUACGGGUAUUUUCGGUGGAACAGGUAUCACACAUCCAGAAAUGAAAAUAACUUAUUUCCUCAUUAACUUUCUCAUCACUUCUUUGAGCGUUAUGGUUGGUUUGUCAUUCUCUAAACUCGCCAGGCCAACGAUACCGGCGAUAGCGCAUUACUUUGGGACAAAAGGCAGGUACGAGGAAGUGAAUCCACAUCUAUUAGAUGACAUUUUGUUUGUAAACAGAUCGCUACUGGUUCCCCCCUCUCCAGAUUACCGUGCCAUUCAUAUGGUGUCGGUGAUACGUCACGGGACACGCUAUCCAACCACAAAAAAUGUGCAAAAGAUUGCGCGACUGUUUGAUCUCGUCGUGUCUGACGCAUCGGGUUCAGAGUCUUGGCUUAAUAACAUUAAAACAUGGAAGAUGUGGUACACUGAAGACAUGGACGGCAGACUAGUGGAUAAAGGGCGAGAUGACCACAGGCAUUUGGCGAUGAGACUGGCACAGUCAUUCCCCACCUUGAUUUCCGAGGAUCUCCUCCGCGCCAACCGCAUUGAGUUCAUCACCAGCUCCAAGCACCGCUGUAUUGAUAGUGUUAAAGCUUUCCAAGAGGGUCUUCACAGACUCUGGGAUGUUCAGGAUAUGGAUUACAAACACUAUGUGGAUGAUUCACUCAUGAGAUUCUUUGAUCAUUGUGAGAGAUUUGUUGAAGGUGUUGAGAACAAUAAAACAGCUUUGAAGGAGGUAGAGCGCUUUAAAUAUUCGGCAGAAAUGGAUGCAGUACGGAAGAAAAUAUCCAACCGCCUUCAGAUUCCAUUCAAUCAAAUCACCCCAGAUAUGGCAGAGGCAGCUUUCUUUUUGUGCUCCUAUGAGUUUGCCAUCAAGUCAGAGAACUCUCCGUGGUGCGAUCUGCUGGAUGAGUCUGACGCUCAAGUCCUGGAGUAUAAAAAUGACCUGAAACAGUACUGGAAGAGGGGAUACGGACAUGACAUCAACCGUAAAUCCAGCUGCCCUCUCUUUCAUGAUAUUUUCAAGCGUCUUGAUAAGGCUGCUAAUGACUACAAAUUUGGAGAGGUAAAAGAGACUGCCACUAUCCAGGUUGGUCAUGGUGAGACCCUGCUGCCUCUGCUCUCUCUGUUGGCCUUUUUCAAGGAUGAGAAACCUCUAACUGCAGAGAAUUUUUCUUCGCAGCACAAUCGCAUGUUCCGCUCUAGUCAGAUUGUACCUUAUGCUGCGAACUUAGUCUUUGUCCUGUAUGAAUGUAGUGAUGGACUUAGAGUACAGUUGUUUCUCAAUGAGAAGCCCAUGACUUUUCCCAGCAUGAAUCAUUCGGCUCCACUGUAUGAAACAGUCAGAAAGCAUUACUCAAAGCUUCUUCGUGGCUGUGAUUUUAAUAAGGAAUGUGAUGUGCCUCAACCAAACCUCAGGAACACUGAAUUGUGAGUCAGGUUAUUAAAUAGUGGAUUACAGGGAUCAAUUACUGUGCACUUGCAAUGACUGUAUCUUCACUUUUGAUUCUAUUAUUAUUUUCAUACUGUGGUUGGAAAUCCAAAUAUUGUUUUAUUUAUUAUACAGGCUACCAAAUUACCAAGGGGUGUACAUUUGUGCUUUAAGAGUGAUUUCUGUGUUCUUUCUUGUUUUAUUUGCCAAAGUACUAAAGAAAUGCAGUGCCAAAUAAUUUGUAAUUUUGUA